UGCACGCUGGCAUGGGGAGGAAGCUGGACCUCUCCAAGCUCACCGAUGAGGAAGCCAGGCAUGUCUGGGAGGUCGUGCAGCGGGACUUCGACCUCAGGAGGAAGGAGGAGGAAAGACUGGAGGGCUUAAAGGGCCAGAUCCAGAAGGAGAGCUGCAAACGGGAGCUGCUGGCAGACACGGCCCACCUGAACGAGACGCACUGCGCCCGCUGCCUGCAGCCCUACCGGCUCCUGGUCAACAGCAGACGGCAGUGCCUGGACUGCGGCCUCUUCACCUGCAGGAGCUGCAGCCACGUCCACCCUGAGGAGCAGGGCUGGCUCUGUGACCCCUGCCAUCUGGCCAGGGUGGUGAAGAUGGGCUCCCUGGAGUGGUACUACGAGCACGUGCGGGCCCGUUUCAAGCGCUUCGGGAGUGCCAAGGUGAUCCGGUACCUGUAUGGGAGGCUGCAGCGGGAAGGGGGUGCUGAGCCCAGCUCCGGCGAGAUAAGUGGGGAUAGCGACCUGACGGAGGAGCAGGGAGACUCAGAAUCGGAAGACCUGGAGGACCUGGAGGACCCGGAGGACCCGGAGAGCCCUGAGACCCAGGCCCCACCUCACGGCCUCAGAAAGAAGCGCCGCCUCUCCAUCCACGGGCUGGACCUGGAGGCCGACUCGGACCACUCCACACAGUCCUGCACGCUGCCCCCCGGCUUCUCAUUGGAUACUGAGGCCACGUGCAGCCUGCAGUCCUUCCCAGGUGAGGCCUACUCCCAGGAGACCGUCGUCCUGCAGCAGGCCAACCCGGGCGCCUCCAGGUGCCAGCCCCACCAAGCAGAGCCACUGGACAGCUUCUGGGCCUGCGGACAGGAGGCCCCCGAAGAGCUCCGUUCACCCGGAGAUGCCAGCAGGCCCAGCCCGGGGGUGGCUGCUACUCCAGGGACAGACAACAGCAGCAGUGGCCAGCUCUCCUUGCAGUUCCCGGCCGAGGUGGACAGCUCAGAUGAAGCAAGCCCUGGGGCUGCCACGGGGCCAUCCAUCCACUUGGCACAGAAGGAUGGCACCUUGCCAGUCACUCAGCCUGCAGCUGCUGGGGCACACACGGAGGCCGACAGGGAGGAGGAGGCCCUCAGGAGGAAGCUGGAGGAGCUGACCAGCAACAUCAGUGACCAGGAAGAGGAAGUGGAGCCAGACGGGGGUGCUCCCCCAGCUGGGGCCCCUCCCCAGCAACCCCGGCAGGACCCCAUGAAGGUGUGCACAGGGGCGGGCCCAGCGCCUGGCCAAGAAACAAGCCCCCAGGACCCCGGAGUCCCGGUGCAGGCCAGCAGGAGCACAGCCGCCGAGCUGUCGGAGCUGGAGGACAGAGUGGCAGCGACGGCCUCUGAGGUUCAGCAGGCAGAGAGUGAGGUGUCCGCCAUCGAGUCCAGGAUCGCCGCCUUGCAGGCAGCGGGCCUCACGGUGAAGCCGUCGGGAAAGCCCCGGAGGAAAUCAAACCUCCCGAUAUUUGUGCCCCGCCUUCUUGCGACCCCCGACAAGAGUCCCAAGGAGCCGAGUGCAGAGCCCCCAGAAGUCCAGCCCACAACCGUGCCUUAUCUUCUGCGGAGGAAGUACAUGCCCAAAAGUGCAGGCAAAGACCACGCCUCUUUUGACCGGAAGUCGGUGUACCGCGGCUCUCUGACCCAGCGGAACCCCAGCGGGAGGAGGGGAACAGCCAGUACUGUCUUCAUGAAGCCUGUGAUGCCCCAGCAGCCCUGAAGAAGCAGGACGGAGAGCGUCACUGCCCUGCGCUGGACUCCCUCCCAAGGCACCACACCCCUCCACUGCUGCUCACGGUCACCGCCGCCCCAGAGAGAACCACGAGGAGGACCCCACCAGCCGGGUCCUCAGACGCCUGGGUGGCCCCCAGCUUCUCCGACACCCCCAAGCC